AUGGAGUUUAGCAAGAAGCCAUUAAAGGAUGCUUUGUGGAUACAGUGCAGUGGGAGAUUGAGAAUAGAUCCUAUAUGUCUAAGUAUAGAAAAGGAGGAGGAGGAGGAGAAGAAAAAGAUCAUGUCUAAAAAGGCCAAGAAAGCAUUUGGAGACACACAAAGACUCACAUUGGUGCGUGCCAUGGAUUGGUAUCCAUACACUUCGCAAACGAUGAAGAUGCUGGACAUUGGUGAUUUUGAUAUCUUGUCUCACUUUGACUUAGAGAAAGAGACCAAUGAUGAGUUUCGCAGAGAUGUGCUGAUAGGCUACGCAUUGACGGGGAGGGAGAUGGUGUCCUCUGCAUUAAGUUGGUUCUUCUGGUUGUUGUCAUCGGCGCCAGAGGUGGAAGAGAAGACACUGAAGGAAGUGGAGGAGGUUGAGCUACGCAAGGGGAUGGUUUGUGUCCUAAAAUACAUAUGCUAUGGGGAGGUUGAAGGAGUUGUAGGGGAGGAUUGUGAUGUUUUCCGGCCAAAGAGGUGGUUGGAGGAUGGGGUUUUCCGGCCGAAGAGCCCUUUUAAGUAUCCGAUUUUUCAUGCAGGGCCAAGGACUUGUCUGAGGAAGGAUGUGGCUUGUAUACAGAUGAAGGUUGUGGCUACAAUUGUACUUGAGGGGUUUAAGGUUGAAGCUUUAGUGGAGAAGGGAAGAGUUCCAGAGCAUGAGUUUACAUUGACUCUCAGGAUGAUAGACGGUUUGCGUGUUCAAGUUAGAAGGAGGGAAUGA